AUGCUUGCGCGCGAAUCUACCUCAUCCAGCAACAGCAGCGUCUAUGGUUUUGACGCCGAUUUCGAGGUUUGCGAAGGGGAGAUGCUCGACUAUGAUGAAUCGCAAGAUACCGAGCCUGUAGCCAUCGAUUUUGGUAAUCCAUUUACCUGUACGAGUCCACUGGAGACGCUGUUUGAAGCGCGCAGUGUACAGGCGAGUCCGUUUGCCGUACAAGGUGCUUUUGAUACUCCCGGCAAGGGGAAGGGGAAAGCUGUCUCUGGAUUGACGGCACAGGCGAGUGCAGCAACAGCAGCAGCUACGGCGACAGUAUCCUAUGCAGACCGUGAUCAAUAUCACCCAGAGUCCGCGCGGCAGGAGAUUGUCGAGCAAAUCAUGACACGGGGCGCUGGUUUGAGUGGACAGAUUGCGGCGAAAACACUACAGCAUUCAUCAGAGCAGUGGAGCAACUAUGCGGAUGUCUGCAGGAGUGUUGCCGAAGUGCUCAGAGUGCAAGGAUUCCCGAAUGCACUGGUGGAGAGUGUGCGGUAUGGCAGCGAGAGGCAGAUUGUCUACGAGCUGUGA